CCACGAGAGAGUGCCCCUUCUCCCAGCAUCGAGAAAGCUCCGCGCCUGCCGCCGCACGCCGGAGAGAACUCACCAAAACGCGCGCGCCGCCGCCGCCGCCGAGUGCCCGAUAGAGAGUGGGAAGCGCAGGGCCCGAGCAGGCACCCCACAGCGCACCGUCGAUGGAGAGGGACAUCGUGGUCUCGGACCACGCGGCCCCCUCGGCCUCCUUCGCCGAGAACAGGAUCAUCUGCCGCGUGUGCCAGAAGCAGUUUGCGCAGUACACUUGCCCCCGCUGCAACUCCCGCUACUGCUCGCUCCCGUGCUACAAGGGGCAUAGCGUUCAAUGCACCGAAUCCUUCAUGCGCGAGAAUGUUAUGGAUGAGCUUAAGCACAUGCAACCUGAAGAUGAAUCAAAGAAGAAGAUGCUAGAUAUCAUCAAACGGCUCCACUUGGAAGAAGAGAUGGAGUCGGAUGGUGACGAUGAGUCAAUGUUGUCAGAGGAGCUUAUUCAAAAAGUUAUGGCUGGAGAAGAGAUAAAACUUGAAGACCUCUCUGAUGAUCAAAUCAAACGAUUUCGUCAAGCUCUGGCCUCAGGUGAACUCAGCAAGAUGAUUGAACCAUGGACACCAUGGUGGAAAAAAACGUCUGCCAGAUCGAUUUCCCUUAGCCCUGAUGGAAGCCAGCUUAUCGGACAAGUAAGAACAGAAGACACUGCUAUACCAGAUCCAAUGACUGACCAAGAGCCUAGCAUCAAUGAAAUUCCAGAAGGGCCAGAAUCUCCUCUCCCAUCACUCAGACAGUUAACUAGGGCUGAGCCAUCUCCUCUGCUUGCUGUUCACUUGGUUGAUAUUAUGUACAGUUACUGCUUCACACUUCGACUCUACAACGGUGAUUGGCACUCUGAUCCUUUUGGUGCUUCCACCGUUGCCCUGUCUAUGUCAAAAGUCAUGGGUGAGGACUCUAAACCUGAGACAGUACCUGAAGCACUUAUGGCUUGCAUAGAGGAGUCAUGCUCACCAGCUUACAGGCACACCGGAGGUUUCAGGUUUGCCAUAGGACUUGUGGAUGAUAUCAUCACCAUUCUCUCCUUGGGACACAACACCUUUGUUUGUGCACUCUGUGACUUCCGUCGACUCUUCCAAGAUGGUGAGAGGAUGCUCAAGGCUGAGAAAGUGGGCAAGACGGAGAAGGCACAGAGCUCUCUAAAGUUUCGUGGUGCAAUUAGGAAGCUAUACUUCAUGACUUGUUGGGUCCAUGAGCAGCCAAAUGAGGCCUGGCUGUCUUUAGCUCGCAUCGUCGAGGUGCAGAAAGCAUCUCUCGAAGAGUUGGACAGUGGGAGCAAAAGGGCAGAUAGAAAGAGCAAUCCUCAACCCAAGGUUCUUAUUGAGGAGGUGUAACCGUGUAGGCAUAUGAGUGUACUGCUGGAAUACGACGCUCUGUGCGCUUUGUAACUGUCAUGCUGCAUACUAGUGCAGUUUUAUGUAUAAAUUCUAAUUUUGUUACAGAAAAUUGUAUAAAAGUCUGAAAUCCUGUUAGAAGUGAUCCUAAUUGAUCAGAUUUUGUGCUUUUGUACGUUAUGAUGCUUGUAUUUGAGUAAAGAUAGCUGCAGUCCAGAAACUUA